GGCGGCGGCUCAACACGCUGAUGGCCACGCUGGGUUCCGCCGGCCUGAAGCGGACGGGCUCGGCACAGAACCUGGCGCCGCCGUCUGCCGGCCUGCAGCGGGGCCUGUCCGCCAGCCUGCCGCCGUCACCGCAGCGCUCACCGGCGGCCAGCAGGAAGAGCUCGCUGACGGCGGGCUCGCCGUUCGCGGCCGGCGCCGGCGGCGAGUGUGACAGUGACGAAGAGCUGGACGUGGCGCUCUCCAACAUGCAGAGCUGCGCCAACAACGAGAACCUGGUGCUGGCGGCGCGCGAGCUCGGCUGCCAGCUCUACUGCGAGAUGGAGCCGGCCGCCCGCCGAGACCGACUCGAAAACAUGGUGUCGAAGCUGCAGGCGGAGCUGGACUCUGAGGAGAGCCGCCGCCAGGAGCUGCUGCGCGCUGACCGGCAGGCCGACGGGCCCACCACGCACACGCGCUGCGCCCUGCUGCUCGCCCAAUCCGACGAGAAGACCAAGAUGCUCGGCAUCCUGAUGGUCUACUACAACGCCGGGCUGCGCGACGCGCUGGCGGCCGCGCCACCGGCCUGACCGGGGCCCGCCGGCGGCCGCGCGGGCGGCGCGGCGCCGCCGGACAGCUCGUGACCUCACGGGCCGCUCACCUGUGUCGGCCUGCGGCGGAGGGGUCCGGCUGUCUCUGGUUUACUGUGUUAUAGCGGGGUCAGACGGCGCAGCUCGACCAGCCCGUCACUCUGCGCUGAGGGCGUGAGAGCGGUGGUCAGCCCUGUGGCGCCCGCCGGUCAGCUGUGGCCCAGCCCCGGAGGUAGGCGGCCCGGCCUCUGAAGCUGACAGAGCGCAGUAAUUAAUGGCCAUCAACGAGUGUUUUCCGUCGUCUCCAGUCCGCUACUUCCCACUUCUGGAGUCCCAUCAACCGCAGCUGCCAGCCAUAGCAGUAGGACUGCUACUCUGGUCUUCAAGACAGCUACGCCGACACAGUGAGGUCUGUUCACUGUGUGGCUCUCAAUGAUCUGGUGUGACAGGAUAAUUCCGGAAUAUUUCGGUACUUUUGGUCCGCUCCUAGCUCUCUCCAUCUCCUCUCGCGCUCUCUCCGUUCGCCUGUGAUAUCUCUCGGUCUGCCAUGAGGACGCUGGUGCGCUCUCCCGGGGAGGCCGGACGCUCCGGACGGGGCCGGCUGGCCGCGGAGCGGAUGGUUCGCGGUGCAACUGUGCAUAUCGGCCGACAGACUGUGAGACGAACGCUGUGCUUUAGCUGUGAGAGCCAGGCUGCUGCAGAGGCGGCCCCGUCGUCGGAGACUAGCAGUGACUUCUAGGGGUUUCAUGGGUUCGUAUGAUGUUUAGGGCAUGUGUUCAGUGGUUUGGUGUCGAUCCAGUGAGCUUUCUGAGGGGUCUGCGGCCGCCCUUAACACCGGCCCGAUAUCGUUUCGGCGAUGCGACAAUCUAUUGUUUACCCCUGGUGUGUUGCCAUGUCAUCUGUAAGGUAAUUACUUACGAGUAGAUUGGUCACAACGUUCGGCUUCUUUCUCGAUGUGCCGGAUCUAGGCGGUUUGCUGGUGUAGCUAGUCCAUGUGUCAGUUGUCAUCGAAUUGGAACAUUCCUUCCAGUGUUGUUUCCAGUGUCAUCGCUUACAUUGAAUCAUCGGUGUCUGGUCCAUUAUUCUCGCAUUCUCCGCUGUUCUUGGAACAUGUCUGACCGUUCUACCGACUCUUUAGUGCCCUGGUUCUACCGUUCGGCCGGCGCGUCUCGCUCUGCCGUUCCGCUCCGCUCCAGUCCGCGUGUGUUUGUGGCCGGUGGGUCCUCCGGCGGCGCUGCAGCGAUCCCCGUCCCCCGAGGCAGCCCAGCCCCGCCGCUGGCUGGCCGGGCCGGGCCGCUAUCACUCGCCGGUGUGUGUGGAAACUUCAGAGAGUGGUCGUAACGCGUGUGUGCUGUGACUAAUGUGUGACAUGUCUACUCAGUGUGCUCUCUCCCGCGGCCAGAGCUCGUGGCCCAUAGUGCAACAAGAUAUUGCAUUUAUAGUCGCUUUAUUUUGAUGCUUGUAUUCGGUGAUGUUGCCUAAUAUGUAUCAUUAUUAUUUGUUGUCUUGGUGAAGUAUGUAUGUGAUGACAAUGUGAGAUUAUAAUUGACAAACAAUUUACUAACUAUAGUGGAAUUACUUAUGUAUUGUGGGGCUCUAUAAUGGCAUAAUGCAUUAUGUUAUGAUCUGAAUGAAGAGUGUGUGUUCUGGCGUUCUGGCUUAGUUAAUUGGUCUUCAACGAUAGUGCUUUUGAACUGUGUGCCGUUUUGUAUGUGCGUUUUUGAAGAUGCUGAGUCCUUGACCUUGUGCCCAGCUACUUAAUCUCUACUUGCUAUGUUAGGAAACAUUUUAUGACGGUCGCUAGCGCCGUAUAUUUGAUCAGAGGUGUUCAUUCAGGUAGUGUUGAAACGUUUCCCCGUCGAUGGGGAUGCAGUUUCUUUAUGCUAAUUUUCCAUUGGUUGUGGCAUGCUAUUGUUCUGAACCUGUACUGGGAAAUCUAUGAAAAACAACAUAAUAUCAAGUGA